AUGGGUUGCUGGCUCCGAAAAUUGGAAACAUUAAGAGCAUGCGAGGGUUAUAUCUAUCGGGAAAUCAAUUCUCAGAGCAGAAAAACACAUCUUCCAACUCUGUCUAUUUCCCCCAUCACCAUCAAGAGGAUUUCAUAUUUUGAAAUUCUUGAUGCUACAAAGAAAUUUCGUAAAGAGAAUUUGAUUGGCAAAGGCAGUGUUGGUUCAGUGUACAGCGGAGUAUUUUCAGAUGGAAUGAUUGCUGCAAUUAAGGUGUUUAAUUUAGAAUUGGAAGAAGCAAAGAACAGUUUUGAUUCUGAGUGCCAAAUAUUGUGCAAUAUUCGUCAUAGAAAUCUUGUCAAGGUAAUUAGUAGCUGCUCUAACGUUGAUCUUAAAGCCUUGGUGAUGGAAUAUAUGCCUAACGGAAACCUUACCAAAUGGCUAUCUUCAAGCAACUAUUUCCUAAAUUUAGCUCAAAGACUGGAAAUGGUGAUAGAUGUGGCAUCUGCGCUAGAACUUGCUUUUCACUGA